CGCUCCCAGCGCGGGACUCGCGGAGCCGCACUGGGCAUGCUCAGUCGCCGGAGCAGUCCUGGUCUCAAGUAGGAAGCUCGUGCGCUGCACCCGCAGCUGAUCCGGGCGCUCGGGAGAGGGCGAGACUGGAGCGGAGCUGCCGGGCGCCAGAGCCGAGGCGGAGCCGCGCGCACCACGGGUUGUUUGUGCCCCAGGACACUGCUGUGGGCUGUAGCCAAGCAUGCUGGGGUCGGAUCUACCCAGCUGUGGAACAGAAGCAUUUGCUGGAUGGAAAAUCCAUAAACGAAAGCUCCUCUGAACGCCUGAGACAGACCAGAGCAUAAGCAAAAUCAGCAGAGCUAACACUCUCAGUCUUUCCUGAGUACUUGGAAACUGCUGAGGUCUCUGCUAAUGUGCUGACCGGUCACUAUGGGCAGACAGUACCCCGAGGCGUCCUGUCACCCAGGCAGCUCAUAUUUCAGAUUAUAAUCCAUUUCCUGCACCCUUGCUGGCGGCCAGUGAUCCAUGUCAGAAGUACUUCCAGCUGACUUGGGUGUAGACACUUUGCCGGUGUUUAUGGCCAGCAGCGGAACCACAGACGUCGCAAAUCGCAACAGCCCGGUCACACCACCAAAUACCCUUAAUCUCCGCUCCUCCCAUAAUGAACUUUUGAAUGCUGAAAUCAAACACACAGAGAGCAAGAACAGCACGCCCCCCAAAUGCAGAAAAAAAUAUGCACUGACUAGCAUCCAGGCGGCCAUGGGCCUCUCGGAUCCAGCCGCGCAGCCGCUUCCGGGAAACGGCUCUACCAACAUCAAGUUGGUGAAAAAUGGGGAGAACCAGCUCCGGAAGGCUGCGGAACAAGGGCAGCAGGACCCCAACAAAAACGUCAGCCCCACUGCUGUCAUCAACAUAACUUCCGAGAAGUUAGAGGGCAAAGAGCCACCCCCUCAGGACUCCUCGGGAUGUGAAAUUUUGCCCUCCCAACCUAGGAGAACCAAGAGCUUUCUAAAUUACUAUGCAGACCUGGAAACCUCAACCAGAGAACUCCAGCAGAACUUAAGCAUCAGCCAUGGGGGUGUGGAAGAGAAGUCCCAGGCAGGGCAAGGCCAGGCCACCACCCUCAUCAGCAACGGCGACCUGCUGCUUCAGAAACCACACAAACCCCAGUUCAGCCCUGACGAUGGCCAAGAAGCCACAGUGUCAUCCAGUCCAGAGACCAAGAAGGAUCACCCUAAAACAGGGGCCAAAACCGACUGUGCUCUACACCGGAUCCAGAACCUGGCGCCCAGCGAUGAGGAGUCCAGCUGGACGACGCUGUCCCAAGAUAGUGCCUCACCCAGUUCCCCGGAUGAAACAGGUACCGCCGAGAAAGCAGAUAUAUGGAGCGAUCACUCAUUUCAGACUGAUCCAGAUCUGCCACCUGGCUGGAAAAGAAUCAACGACAUUGCUGGAACCUAUUAUUGGCACAUACCAACGGGAACGACUCAGUGGGAACGCCCGGUCUCCAUCCCAGCAGACCUUCAGGGUUGUAGGAAGGGCUCACUUAGUUCUGUCACGCCAUCUCCUACCCCAGAGAACGAGAAACAGCCAUGGAGUGAUUUUGCUGUUCUGAAUGGGGGAAAGAUUAAUAGUGACAUUUGGAAGGAUUUGCACGCAGCCACAGUUAACCCAGACCCCAGUUUAAAAGAGUUUGAAGGAGCAACUCUGCGUUACGCGUCUUUGAAGCUCAGAAUUGCCCCACAUGCUGAUGAUGAUGAUUCUGGUAGUAUCAACAGUGACCCAGAAGCCAAGUGUUUCGCUGUCCGCUCCCUGGGAUGGGUAGAGAUGGCCGAGGAGGACCUCGCUCCUGGGAAAAGCAGCGUUGCUGUCAACAACUGCAUCAGGCAGCUUUCCUACUGCAAAAACGAUAUCCGCGAUACUGUGGGCAUUUGGGGAGAGGGGAAGGACAUGUACCUGGUCCUGGAGAAUGACAUGCUGAGCCUGCUGGACCCCAUGGACCGCACGGUGCUCCACUCGCAACCCAUCGUGAGCAUACGUGUGUGGGGCGUGGGGCGUGACAAUGGCCGAGAGAGAGAUUUUGCCUACGUAGCCAGAGACAAAGAUACAAGAAUUUUAAAAUGUCAUGUAUUUCGAUGUGACACACCAGCAAAAGCCAUUGCCACAAGUCUCCACGAAAUCUGUUCCAAGAUUAUGGCCGAGCGGAAGAAUGCCAAAGCCUUGGCUUGCAGCGCCUUACAGGAGAGAACCAAUGUGAAUCUGGACGUGCCCUUGCAAGUAGAUUUCCCAACACCAAAGACGGAGCUGGUCCAGAAGUUCCACGUGCAGUACUUGGGCAUGUUACCUGUAGACAAACCAGUCGGAAUGGAUACCUUGAACGAUGCCAUAGAGAGUCUCAUGACCUCGUCCAGCAAGGAGGAUUGGCCAUCAGUGAACAUGAACGUUGCCGAUGCUACUGUGACUGUCAUCAGUGAAAAGAAUGAAGAGGAAAUCCUUGUGGAGUGUCGUGUGCGAUUCCUGUCCUUCAUGGGCGUGGGGAAGGAUGUCCAUACCUUUGCCUUCAUCAUGGACACCGGGAACCAGCGCUUUGAGUGUCAUGUUUUCUGGUGUGAACCCAACGCUGCUAACGUGUCAGAGGCGGUCCAGGCCGCCUGCAUGUUACGAUAUCAGAAGUGUUUGGUAGCCAGGCCGCCUUCACAGAAAGUUCGACCACCUCCUCCGCCAGCAGACUCGGUGACCAGAAGAGUCACAACCAAUGUAAAACGAGGGGUCUUAUCCCUCAUUGACACUUUGAAACAGAAACGCCCUGUCACAGAAACGCCAUAGCUUCACGUGUGAGAGGAGUCUGUACUCUUUACCUGAAGAUUGAAGAGCUACACUAAAGAGGAUGAACUGCUCUCCGGCCUUCUAUCUGGUUGCUGAUGCUUUGUCUUUGGAGAAUUUAUCGUUAACCAGUGUUAGACAAGCAUGUUCUCUCAUCUUGCCACCAUCAUAUGAUAUGAAAAGAAGCAUGACUAAAUUUUUUUGCUGUCAGUAAGUUACAUCAUGAACAGUGGAAGGUCUCUUUCUUACUGUAAAUAGCGUGACCAUUACUUAACAUCACACAAAGAGAGAAGAAUGUGGCCACACCCCGUCCAGUGAGUGAAUGCCCAGACCUUGGAGUGAAUGACACCUGACUUAGUUUCUCUGUCCUCUUGACUGGAUCUGUCAUGAGCUACUCUUACGUCCUACAGCACUUUGCCCUGUUUCCAGUAUUGGAUAGACACUGCAUAGCAGAGACCACUGAACUGCUGUAAAAAUAGGAUGGUGACUUUUUUGUUUCCGUUUUUCAUAAAAUUGAACCCUUCGGUUGACAAACUUGGCUGUUGGCAUUGAUACAGAAACCAACUGGCAGCUUUCCUUGAGGAGUGCUUUGACACCUGGACACUUCAUGUCUACAGCUGUUGGUGGGAUGUUGGAAGAAAGUGAAAACUGAAAAAACUAAAUUUGAGAAAUUGAAAUCGAACAAAAAAUAGCCUUUCUUUUCAGAGAAAGAUGUAACAAAAUCAUAAUGCAUUUCGGAUGGGACAUAUUUCAAACUUCUGCCUUAUACUGUACAAUGCAGCUAGAGAAUUAUAGUUCACUAUGGCCAUUCUCUACAUAAACAAUAUUAAAAUGAAAUAUUCUUCGCAAGCCUUUCAUCUUUAGUUUGAUAAUUAGCCAAUAUGCAAUUUGGAGUUGAGGGAACAGCAUUUCUAUUUUAGAUCUCCAGCACCAUGUUAUUUUGUCAGUUCACCUGCUGGCCAAACUUGUCUGCUGGGAUUCUUUAUCAGGCUCAGUCUUCCCCUAAUGCUUUUUGCCCAGAAAGCUGUCUGUCUAUCCUGUAUUGUCCAUGGCAACAAAUUAAAUUGAACCUUUCUUGAAUUUAUGUAAUGUUAGAAUUUGUUGAGCUCUACUAGAUAUACUUUUAAAUUAUUUUCCACUUUCAAGAUUCAGAACUUUCAUAGUAGAACAACAUUACGUAGGAACAAUAGACUAACAAAUUUCCCCAAAAUGGCACUUUGCUGCCUCUCCCUACACAAUUAAGAAACUUAGCUAUAAAGAUAAACACAUUUAAACUCUUGGUGACCAUGCUGGUUUAAAAGGAGGUUGUUAAGGAAAUCACUUUAAAGAUUAAUCUUGUUUACUCUGUAAUGUCAAAACUAGCAUUUUACAACAUCCGAUAUAAAAUAAUGCUUUGUUUAUCCACUGCUUUGUACUUGUCAAAAUAAUUUCCACUUUCAGAUCGCAUUCGAGCCUUAUAAAAAUAGAGGGUACUAGACACAUGUGCGAAAUAAAACUGUAAAGUACCAAGGGGCUCUGACCUUAGCCAAGAGCUAAUGUUGGGUAGUGAGAGAAUGGGGUGCCCAGCUCUCAGUUGUCACUGUGUUCUGUUUCCACAUCAGUUAGAAAAGUCUGUCCAGAAAUGACUCUGGUGGAUCCAAUUAUUGUCAGGAAAUUUUAGAAUCCCCUGGAUGAAUGGGGGGCCUGUUCAAGGUUGCAGACACAGUGGUGGUACAAGCCAUUGCCUUCACUCAGUCUAGGGUGGUUUCCCUACGGUGUGCCUCGCGCAUGCUGUAUGGGACAGGAGUUUCUGCAAAAUGACCAGUUCAACCCAAAAAUGAUGCUCCAUGUGGUAGAUUCCUAAAGAGUGGUCUGUAGCCACCAGAGGAGAUGGAACUAGUCGGUGGCCCCUGCCUCUGUUCCUCUCCAUAUUCAAGAAUUGUUUGCUACUAUCCUGGUGUUCUAGUAAAGAUGCCACUUAACGUGAGUUUCCUUUUCACCACCUAUCUCCUAUUAUAUCUGAAACGACCAGUGCCAUCAUAAAAUUAUUGCAUUGAGAGAAUCCUUGUUGUGCCCUGUAAAAGCCGUUUGAAAUUCAGUCGCAAUGAUCUUGCAUCUUGAUCUCCACAGUGAAACAUUUAGUGUAGUAAACUUCAAAAUUCGGAACAAGCAACCCACUUUUAUCAUGGAACUCCCCUACCUGAACCCCCCUGUUCAUUUUUUAAGGUAUGUUUGUUUGUUUUCAGGAUCGAGAAUACUGAGCUAGCUUUAAGUAGCAAACUGAUUUAUAUAUGCAAUUAGAGGAUGUGUUAAAGACGAAUAAUAGCCUUUACAUGUUGAAAACUUUACUGCAGAUACUUUGUUUUGAAAAUAGCUUUGCCUACUAAAUGCAAUUAAUUUUGUAAAAUUAUGUUUCACAAUAUGUUCAGACACUUUCUGCCAUGGCCAAAAAGUAUGUAUGAAAGAAUGUGUGUGUUUUCUGUGAAAGGAUGACAGUGUUCUGAUGUUGUAGUGACUUCAGUUAUCUAUGCAUUCUUUAUAUCUGUGAUUUGGUAAACAGGCAGCCAUGUUCACUAUGCCUUGUAUGUCUUAUCAUUUUUUUAAUUAACCUGUUAAAUACAGCUUAAAAUAUUUUUAUUUUAUUUAUUCUAUUUUUACUGAAAUAUACUGCAUUAUUGUGUUAAAAUAUUCUCUUUCCUGGAUAGCAUCUCACAAUGUAUCCAGGUCUAAGUAAUCUCAGUGAACUAUACAUUGCCUACAAGGUGGUUUUGUAAUGAUUUGUAGUUACAUUUUUAUUGGAGUAUGUAGCAGAAAAGGCAAAAUGCUUAAAGUUCCUUUUAUUUUUUAAAAAGCAGCUAGACAGACACAGAUUUGCCACCUCAUAUAUGUGCUCCUUGGCCGAAUCAAGGGGAAUAGCCAGCCUGCCUAUGGCUAAAAACUUCACUUGGCAAACUUAAAGCACUGCUUGGUGCUUCAUUUUUAUAUCCUUCACUAUAUGUGUGAUCUCAUCUAAAAGUAAAAAUCAACACAUGUCCACACGCUGUUUGUUUCCACCUGGGUAGAUGCUCACCCAGUGCGUAGUAGGGCCAUUGUUUUUUUGUUUGUGUCUGUCUUAUUGCAUGAAGGGAUAUAGACCCAUUUCUAUUAAAAUAAGUUCUUGGUGAUAAACUGUUGGCACUGCUGCUUUUUUUUUUUUAAAUCCAUUUUAUGAUUAUUAGAAUGAACAUUUAUAAAACAAUUCUGCUAGAAGCUCAAAAAUCUUUCCUCUUGUAUGACACGUCCAUUUCAUAAGCAUUGCAACACAAGUUCAAGAUUUCUUAAGCAACAUGAGAGCAUUUUCCUCACCGCUAUUAGCACAAAUCAACUAUUUGGACCGUUGGCUACUUGGUCUGCCAGGCCUCCUUAGCCUAAUGCCGAGCUAACCUGUGCUAGACAGUGACAUGAAAUUCAGUUUCUUUCAGUUUCAGGGAAAAAGGUCCUGCUCGCACUCUAUCCAUGAGAGCACGCUCCCUGCCACCCGCAGCAGCUCGUUUAUCCUGAAAAGAAUGUUGGGUUUUCCUUUCGGCCCCUUUCACUGUUGACCACUUUUACACAUUUAAAUGUAACAUGUUGUAAGAAUAAACUUAGCUGCAUAAAA